CUGCGCAAGGUGAAGCCGGACACCUGGGCUCCGGAGGCAAGGGCGGGCGCUAGGACCCGGGCGGCUCACCUGUUGGCUGGCGCGGCCCCGCCCGCCCUGCGCCCGGAGCCGGGGUCUGGGUGUGCGCGACCGGAGCGCGGGCAGAGGUGGCGGCCCCGCGAGGCUGCGGCGGCUGCGGGCGAGAGGGCGACCCGGGCACGAUGGCAGAGCUGCUGUGGAGCCUGCAGGAUUCCCAGCUAGUCGCCCGCUUCCAGCGUCGCUGCGGGCUCUUCCCGGCGCUGGAGGAAGGCCCCCCGGAGAAUGGCGCGGGUCCCCCGGAGGAUGCGACGCGGUGCCCCGAGGUCGGGCAUCACCCGGCGGCCAACGUCAAGGGCGGCGCGGGGCCGCCCAAUGGGCUGCGCAGAGCCGCGGCGCCGCAGGCUUACGUACAGAAGUACAUCGUCAAGAAUUAUUUCUACUAUUACCUGUUCCGAUUUUCGGCUGCUUUGGGUCAAGAAGUGUUCUACAUCACGUUUCUUCCAUUCACUCACUGGAAUAUUGAUCCUUACCUAUCCAGAAGGCUGGUCAUGAUAUGGGUUUUGGUGAUGUAUGUUGGUCAGGUGACGAAGGAUAUCUUGAAGUGGCCCCGUCCCUCCUCCCCUCCAGUUGUGAAACUGGAGAAGAGAGUGAUCGCCGAAUUCGGAAUGCCAUCCACCCACGCCAUGGCGGCCACCGCCAUCUCCUUCACGCUCCUUAUCUCUACCAUGGACAGAUACCAGUAUCCUUUUGCUUUGGGACUGACGAUGGCCGUGGUGUUCUCCGGCUUGGUGUGUCUCAGCAGGCUCUAUACGGGGAUGCACACAGUCCUGGACGUGCUGGGUGGCGUGCUGAUCACCGCGCUCCUCGUCGUCCUCACCUACCCUGCCUGGACCCUCAUCGACUGCCUGGACUCGGCCAGCCCCCUCUUCCCUGUGUGCGUCAUUGUCGUGCCCUUCUUCUUGUGCUACAAUUACCCCGUGUCUGAUUACUACAGCCCGACCCGGGCGGACACCACCACCAUUCUGGCUGCGGGAGCCGGAGUGGCCAUCGGCUUCUGGAUCAAUCAUUUCUUCCAGCUCGUGUCCAAGCCGGCGGAAUCACUCCCUGUGAUUCAGAACAUUCCACCGCUCACCACUGACAUGUUAGUUUUGGGUCUGACCAAAUUUAUUGUGGGAAUUGUGUUGAUCCUCUUGGUUCGUCAACUUGUACAAAAUCUCUCCCUGCAAGUAUUAUACUCAUGGUUCAAGGUGGUCACCAGGAACAAGGAGGCCAGACGGAGACUGGAGAUCGAAGUGCCUUACAAGUUUGUCACCUACACGUCUGUUGGCAUCUGUGCCACAACCUUUGUGCCAAUGCUGCACAGGUUUUUGGGAUUGCUCUGAGCCUCAAAUAGUUGAAAACACGCCCACUGGACAUGACAGCCAAGACAUGGGAAAGCUCUUGGAUGGGCAAUCUUGACAACUUAUUUUUCUUUAAUACAACUUAAGUCACACAUCUGUUUUGCUGAUAUCAGAUAGAUGCUGCCGCCGUGGAACUAAUGCUCCUAAUAGACUCUAAGGAUUGUGCUACAGCUGAACCAAGCUGAAAACCAUACUGAAUUCUUCAAGAAUGUCUCGCCCCUUUCUGUUACAUGGACUUUGGACCUGGUCCUGGGCAGGCAGGAGUUGUGGCCUGGCUGAGGAAUGAAUGCAAGUCCCAGUAGGCUCUGGACAGCCAAUGGAGUUGGGGGAUGUGGAGGUAGAACAUUUCUUUUCGGCUCUGACCUUGCCCAGCGCUGAGUCUCAGUUCCAAAUUUGGAGCUUUGAUCUUAGGGAAAGGAUGGCGCCAUGCACAACUACGUUCCUCGGACAAGGCAACUUCCUUGUGUUAUGAUCCAGUGAGAUUAUGCCUGCAAGGUAGGAAGGCCACAGACAGGAGUAAAGCCUCCUGGGAGGAGAUUAAAGGUGCUGGCAGAGCUACGAGCCCACAGGAAGAGCCUGUUUUCCUCACGAGCCCUAAUCUCCUCCAGGCUCACGUGGAAAUGGGGAUCUGCUCUUCUUGAUCAUAUAUUUUGCAGGAUCCCAGCUUCCAGUACUACACUCUUCUGACCCACAAAAUCACUAGCUGUUGCCGCCUCAUCACACGUUGCCAGGACUGGGACAUGCUGAGGCUCCUGCUCUCUCCUGCCUCAGUCUUUGAUGUCACCAGCAGUCUGGGCUUUCAUAUAAACUUGGAAGUCACUGGCAUAACCUAUGAAAGUGGAUCAACACAAGAAUGGAUCAACUUAACCCUUUUGGGGCCCAACCCUGAGGAUAGGUUUCCCUGACAUUGCCUGAUGGUGACAAGACCUCCUGACAUUUCUCCUCCAUUUCUCACUUACUUUCUAUAAUUCUAUUUUCUCAUUCACUGAGAGAAUCUCUCCAUCUUCCUACUUCUUAACUCUUGGCAAUUUUAAGGUCAUUAAAGGUAAGAACAACUUCAGCUUCUCUUCACAAAAUAAGCAAACCAAAUAUAACAUCUAUUAAACCUAGGGUGAGCCCCGCUUAGCCUCAGGAAGAUGAUCAUUAUGCAAACACCCGGAGUUCCCUCUUCAGUUCUUAAGAAUAAGGACUAGGUAUCGACUUUCUCAAAUGUUAGUAUAAAUCUGUAGUGAACAAACUAUCUUUUGAGGACUACUGCCUAAACCACGGAAGCCAAUGUUUUAUGCUCCUAAGAUAUCAUUACCAUGUACGCAUUUUGGGAAAAAAUUAUCUCCCUUAGAAGUUGCAGAGGCUCAGACCUCCAUAUCUUGUGUUAAAAUCAAAACCCACAUUUCUCCUGAUUUCAGAUAUGUUCCAUGGCCUUAAUGUUGGGAUGAUCUUUGGUAAUUGACUUAAUGUUCCAAUUUCUCAAGAAUAAUUUUAAUGCAAAACAUCCCAUUUUUUACUGAAAAUUCUUUUCACACUUAUUAUAGUUAGAAGGCAGGGAUCAAAAGGAUCUACCAAUUGACUAAUUUGGUAGCACAUGACAGGGGGCAGGGAGGCUAGCUUGCAGGUGCUCCUGCCUAGUGCUGCUCUUCAUUGCAGUGGCUGUUGGUUUGAUGAGGCACUUUCCCAUACUUCUGUCCCCCCAAAUGCUGAAACAGAGUUUGCAAGACUGAGUAUUACUUACACAAAAUUAUUUUAGUUAGUCUGAAGUCAGGUGACAUAAGGAUCAGCUUUGCCCACUUGUAAUUUUGAAAAAGAGAGGCUGUAACCAGUAUCACAGGAGUAGGUGUGAAAACUCAUAUAUAAAACUUUUUUCCAGCUCUCCCUUGUAAGUCCCAACAAUAGGAAGGUCAAGCAACUAUAUAGAUGUAUUUAAAGCUAUAUUUACAUACUUUGGGUUGAGGAUGAAUGUAUUAGCCACGGAACAUUAAAGAAGAAUGUCAUGCUUGGUCACUUUUUAAAAUAUCUGAUAAUGGCCACUGGAGAAUAAGUGUAUAUUGGUGAGACCAAGUAUAGUUUUGGGGCACUUCUGGUCUGUGGCCUAGAACCAGGCAGAAAAUGAAAAAUAUGUCAUUUCUUGAUUCAAACACUACCUUGCCAGCUCUCUUGCACACAUCUCUUAUACAGCACUCCAUGCUAUUUACACCACCACCACCCCUCCCAACACACACAAAGUAUUCUCCUUCAAAGAGUUGCCACCCCCACCCCAACCCGCCUUCAAGAUGUUUGGACUUUCUCUCUGGGGAAAGACUGCCCCCUGCUGGUUUGGCUUUAGUCUUGGUUCAAAGCCCCUCUCUUAAUCUGGAAUUUUAGAGAUUAAGAAUUUAAGUCAAGUUUACCACGGGUCCAUUGUAAGCCUAGGACUAGGGGCCGAGCCAACCUUGACACCAAUUCCCCAGGGUUAUUGACUCCUUCAGGCAGGAUGAUACACCCUUUUCCUAAUGUCCCCAUCCUGAUCCCAACUCACUGCCACUGUGGCCAACGGUGUUCAUCUUUAACCUUCAUUCUGAGUAGCUAUUGUUUCAUGACAGUUUUGCUCAAACCUGCAUCCCAACAAUACACAGGGGGUAAAGACACAGAAGAGACCCCUGGACUAGACCCCUUAAAUGGUGGAGGAUGAAACUGCUCCACCACAUGCCCAAGUGUUCACUGAAAUAUGGGAUUUUCUUGCCCAAAUAGACAACUCAUGCUUCCCAAGUGUAAUCAAAGCAUGUGGUGUUUCAGGGCCAUGUGUUCCAGGAUUCUAUUUUGGAAGCCUUCAGCUGUCUUGCUUAUGUACCUUAUGUAAAUUUAUUCUUUUAAAAAUAAAUCAUUUUUGUUUGAUUAUGACUUCUUAUUAAAUGCCUCAAAAGCCAAUGUUCUGUUGCCUUGGAUUUCUUUCCUCCUUAACCUGAAUUUUUUUUCUGAGUUCACUGAGUUGGAAAACGGAGACAAAAAUAAGUGGCAAGUUGCAUGAUUCUGUUGUUUUCAAAAAUUCAACCACGUGCAAAUACCCUCAAGCCCCAUAGUGGCCACGGGUGAUAACAGGAAAUAUCACACUGGCAUGUGUAAGUCCCCACCUCUAACUCCUUGAAAUGUACGUGGAGAUGAAUUUCACUCUGGGUUGGAAGGUACUUUAUAGCUGCUGCUGGCAAGGCAACUGGAAGGUUUUCAUAGGUGAGUGCACCACCUGCUAAGCCAAAUGGACCACUGCAGUGAUGUGCCCUGCCUCCGAGCACCCCGGUUUGCUAUUGGACAUGGGAUGAGAAGUUGACACUCAUCUUUGCAAGAGCAGCCUAGGACUCUGUACUGUGAGCAGGAUGUGUUUAUUACCUAAUGUGCCAGGCACCAGGGGAAUGGGAAACGCUUACCCUGUUCUGUGGAGUUCUCCUACGGAGAGAACACAGGCUUGGAGAACGACAAUCCAAGGUCAGUAGUGUUCAGAUCCCUGCAUCGUGGGACGCGGGCGGAGGGGAGGUUGAUUCCAGGUCGAGGACUGCAGCUUAAGCACUCAGGAGGACUCUGUAGAAGUAAUAAUGCAUGAGCCAGGCUUAAAGAACACAUGGGAUCAGCUCUGGCCAGAGUCUCUUCCCCAGACACCUCCAGCACUUACAGGAAAAACCAGAGCAAACCUGCGUGGACAUUGUGUUGAGAACCAGGUGAGGUCUAGAGGCGAUUUCACAGACGGCUUCCCCUUCUGCAUCUCUGAAUCAUCACAGCCUGUUCCAGCGAGCCCUGGGUGGAGAUGACCAGCGUCUGAAGACUCGCUCUGUGUCCUUCGUGCCCACUGUGUUCCUCAAUCUUGUCUUUGCCCAGCUCCCUGAUCUAGUUCUGUGAAACGUUAACCUGCGGAACAUUUUGCCCUGAUCCUGCCUUUCCGGGAACUCAGUGCCCCCUGCCCCUCUCCUGAUUAGGAGUGAAGCCCUGGUUCUCCAGCAAGAGGCAGAACCAAGUGAGAGUGGCCUUCACUCGCCUUGUUUUACACAAUAGAUGUUUUCCUCAGAGCUGCUUGUGUUUUUCAAACUUCAAGUGCACUGAAGGCUUUGCUGCUUAAACUCAUAUGGCGACACUUCGUUUCUAUAACCAUACGGCUUUAAUAAAUUAC